AUCAAGGGAUGCAGCAACAACAACAACGAGAGGGAACCCAAUUCCCGAUCACCGAAAACCUCUGUUUCGCCGGAAUAUUCCAUUCACCGUCGCUCCUUCUGAUCACGAAUAGGUCAAACUAAGCCUCUGCUCUGGUUCUCGCUUCACCGAAUCUCGUCGAGGAAGCCUGAAAACUGCGCGAAAUCGGAGGGUUUUGAUUUCCGGCACGGAGCAUCGAACGCGUUGCUUUCUGAGCUGGAAUUGGUUCAACAGCGUAGGGUUUAGAAUCUUGACGCGAAUUUCGUUAGGGUUCGUCGCCGGCGGUGAGGGGAGGAAACCUAAUUCGUGAAGUUCACUUUCGUGAGGGUCUCAACAAGGAAGAGGAAGAUUGCAAAGUGAUAGGGCGCUAGUACAGUUCCAGAGUGUAGGGUUCUGAUCGGGUUGAACAGCCACCGGCGCAGAAGGUGCGGGGAGAAGAUAGUGAUGGGAAUUGACCUAGGCUGGAAAAACUGUGCACGGUUGAUUCUUGUGUAGUGUUGGGAUAUAGGUUCGUUCUGCAACAACAUGGGGUACGAUUCAGAUAGCCCCUGGCGCAACGGGAGGGAAGAAGACGAUGAAGAAGAGUACGAGGAGUCUGACAAGGGUAAUCGUUUUCUGGGGUUCAUGUUCGGAAAUGUUGAUAACUCUGGCGAUCUUGAUGUUGAUUAUCUUGACGAGGAUGCAAAGGAGCAUCUUUCUGCAUUGGCGGAUAAGCUGGGUCCAUCACUGACAGAUAUAGAUUUGUCAGGAAAAUCACCACAAACACCGCAUGAUGUUGUUGAACAAGACUGUGGUGAAAAAGCUGAAGAUGCAGUUGAUUAUGAAGAUAUUGAUGAAGAAUAUGAUGGUCCUGAGACUGAAACAGCCAAUGAAGAGGACUAUUUACUGCCCAAAAAGGAUUUUUUCUCUGGUGAAGCUUCCCUUGAAGCUUUGGCGUCCAGAUCUUCUGUCUUUGAUGAUGAAAAUUAUGAUGAAGAAUCUGAUAAGGAACAAGACUUAGUGACCAACGAUUCUAAAGUUGACAGCUCUUUAGCUGGGGAGCAGGAAGAGAAUUUUGUUGAUGCAUCUAAAGGAGACAGGGCUCUAGAGCAUGAUUUACAAGCUGGCUCACAGCAGACCGAAGAAUCGGACACUGAUAUACAAAAACUUGAUGAGGAAGGGCCUGAAGUUUUAAAAAGGUCUAUGGCUGCACCGUUGCCUGUUUUGUAUGUGGAAGAUGGGAUGGCAAUUUUACGCUUUUCUGAAAUCUUUGGUAUUAGUGAGCCUCUCAGAAAGGGAGAAAAGAGAGAGCAUCGACAUUCCAUUCCUAGAGAUAGAUACAAGUCUUUGGAUUUAUCUGAUGAUAUCGUAGAAGAAGAUGAAGAGGAGUUCCUCAAAGGAUUCUCUAAGAGUCUCCCACUUACUAAACAGAUUUCUGUAGUCCGUAAUGAUGCAUCAGAAAGCAGUGAUGUUGACUUAGAAUUUCCAAAAUUUGGAUUUCUUCAUGGGGAUGCUACAAUGGCUGGGAAAGAUGAUCGGCAACCAAAGGACUCUUGUCUUAGUGCUGAACCAUUGAAAGUGGAUUUCACAGAAGAUCUUCUGUUGAAAGAUCAUCAUCUGACGCGGGCCAACUUUUAUCCUCUUGAUCAGCGAGACUGGGAAGAGGAAAUCCUUUGGGGAAAUUCUCCUGUUGCCAGUGAUAUUAAUGUUGAGAGCUGUGAAAUUUCUGGACCUGAACUGGGAGUUUCUGGUGAUUGUGAAAUCGAAAUUGAAAGUGGGAUCCAGAAUCUCCAGUUAGAGCCCCAGCACAUGCUGGAAGAGAAAGAUCACAAUUUCUUCAUGUGCUACUCUCCUGUCACAUUAGAUAGCUUUGGCUCAAGGGAUUCUACUGGGGAUAAAUCCAAUUUAAUGUCAAAAAGUCUAUUUCAUCCCCAACUGUUGAGGCUAGAAUCCAGAUCUGAAGUAGAUGGUUCUAGUCUUGCAGAUGGAGGGGGGGAAGGUAUAUCUGAGAAGCGUAAUCAAAGUGGUCAAUUAAAGCGUUUUACGAAGUUUAUGUCACAAAACAGAGACCUGAUGGAGGGCUCGUGGUUAGACAAGAUAAUAUGGGAGGAGCAGGGUAGGCCUAUGAUGAAAUCAAAGCUUAUAUUUGAUCUUCAGGAUGAUAAAAUGCACUUUGAAGUUUUGGAUAACAAGGAUGGUACACAUCUUCGCGUUCAUGCUGGGGCUAUGAUUUUAACUCAUUCUUUAAAAUCAAGCAGUGUAGAUUCUUCUGAGCAACCAGGACAUGGAGUUCAAUAUGGAUGGCGAUAUGUUGCUAAUGACAAACACUAUUCAAACCGGAAAACUUCCCAGCAACUGAAAUCGAAUUCAAAAAAGCGCUCAGCUCAUGGUGUCAAAGUUUUUCACUCACAACCUGCAUUGAAGCUUCAGACAAUGAAAUUGAAGUUGAGCAAUAAAGAUAUUGCAAAUUUUCACCGACCUAAAGCAUUGUGGUAUCCCCAUGACAGUGGAGUGACUGUCAAGGAACAAGGGAAAUUGCCAACACACAGACCCAUGAAAAUUAUUAUUAAGAGCUUGGGUGGCAAGGGUAGUAAACUGCAUGUUGAUGCUGAAGAAACUCUUUCUUCUGUUAAAGCUAAAGCUUCCAAAAAGCUAGAUUUCAAGGGAUCAGAAACAGUGAAAUUAUACUAUUUAGGGAGGGAGCUUGAAGAUCACAAAUCACUUGCAGCACAAAAUGUUAAACCAAACUCCUUGAUACAUCUUGUCCGUACAAAGAUACAUUUGUGGCCAAGGGCACAAAGGGUUCCGGGUGAGAAUAAGUCGUUGCGUCCUCCUGGGGCAUUCAAGAAAAAGUCUGAUCUGUCUGUGAAAGAUGGACAUGUUUUUCUGAUGGAGUAUUGUGAAGAAAGGCCUUUACUUUUAAGCAAUGUGGGAAUGGGUGCAAGACUUUGUACAUACUAUCAAAAAUGUUCCCCGGAUGACCAAUCUGGCUCCUUAUUACGCAACACAGACAGUAGCUUGGGGCACAUCAUUUCUCUUGAUCCUGCUGAUAAAUCUCCUUUCAUUGGAGAUUUAAAACCUGGUUGCAGUCAGUCAUCACUUGAGACAAAUAUGUACAGAGCACCCAUAUUUCCUCAUAAAGUUCCAUUAACUGACUACCUCCUGAUUCGUUCAGCAAAGGGAAAACUAUCGUUAAGGCGGAUCGAUAAAAUUAAUGUUGUUGGUCAGCAGGAGCCUCUCAUGGAGGUAUUAUCACCUGGAAGUAAGAAUUUUCAGACUUAUAUGAUGAACAGGCUGCUGGUACAAAUGUGCCGUGAAUUCCAAGCAGCAGAGAAACGACGCUUGCCUCCAUACAUUCGUAUUGAUGAGUUACUGUCACAGUUUCCUUACCUAUCAGAAGCGUCAUUCCGUAAGAAAAUCAAGGAAUAUGGAAAUUUACAGAGGGGAGCCAAUGGACAGUCAGUUUUGGUUAAAAAGCGAAAUUUCCGCAUGUGGUCAGAGGAUGAAUUGAGAAAAAUGGUGACACCAGAGCUUGUUUGUGCCUAUGAAAGCAUGCAAGCUGGACUCUACCGUCUAAAACAUCUAGGGAUAACUGAAACACAUCCAACUCAUAUUUCAUCCGCAAUGAGUCGGCUUCCUGAUGAAGCAAUAGCAUUGGCUGCUGCAUCACACAUCGAGAGGGAAUUGCAGAUUACUCCUUGGAACUUGAGUAGCAAUUUUGUAGCCUGUACAAGCCAGGGUAAGGAAAAUAUUGAACGGAUGGAAAUUACUGGUGUUGGUGAUCCAUCAGGUCGUGGCAUGGGUUUUAGCUAUGCUAGGGCACCUCCAAAGGCGCCAGUGUCUAAUGCAAUGGUGAAGAAGAAAGCAGCAACCCGAGGAGGUUCCACUGUCACUGGUACAGAUGCUGAUCUACGUAGACUGAGCAUGGAAGCUGCUCGAGAGGUUCUUCUUAAGUUCAAUGUUCCUGAGGAAAUAAUUGCUAAACAGACCAGGUGGCAUCGCAUUGCUAUGAUUCGCAAACUUUCAAGUGAGCAAGCUGCAUCUGGGGUUAAGGUUGAUCCAACAACAAUCAGCAAGUAUGCUCGUGGGCAGCGCAUGUCAUUUCUUCAGUUACAGCAGCAGACCAGAGAGAAGUGCCAAGAGAUUUGGGAUCGACAGGCUCAGAGUUUGUCAGCUAUAAAUGGUGAUGAAAAUGAGAGUGAUUCAGAAGGGAAUAGUGAUCUAGAUUCUUUUGCUGGAGAUCUGGAGAAUUUACUUGAUGCCGAGGAGUGUGAAGAGGGAGAUGAGGGCACAAAUGACUUAAAACGCGAUAAGGGAGAUGGUGUUAAGGGUCUUAAAAUGAGAAGACACCCAACUUUGGCCCAGGCAGAGGAGGAAAUAGAAGAUGAAGCAGCUGAGGCCGCUGAGUUACGCAGGUUGCUUAUGGAUGAUGUUGAAGCUGAUAGGAAGAAAAAGAAGAAAGCUAGGGUUGUGGUGGAUGAAGCAAGAUUAAUACCAAAGCUGCGACCAAAAUUCAUCUUUGACAACACUGAACAAGUUAAGCAAAUAGCAAAUACAUUGCAACUAGAUGGAGCUAAUCAUUUUAGAGAGGAUUCAAUUGCAGAGCUUAGGGAGGAGGAAAAUUUUCCUGCUAAAAAAAGCAAAACAAUGAAGGCCAAUAAAGCGAAAAAGAAUGACAUCACACCUAUUAGUGUACCCAAUAAAAAAAUCAAACUAAAUAUGGGAGAAGGAAUUAAGAACCAGGUAUUCAAGGAGAAAAAACCAUCAAGGGAAACUUUUGUUUGUGGAGCAUGUGGCCAGCUUGGGCACAUGCGGACAAACAAGAACUGUCCAAAAUAUGGUGAAGAUCUAGAAGCACAACUUGAAUCUACUGAUAUCGAAAAAUCAGGAAAAUCCAUCUUUGUUGAUCCCUCUAGUCAGUCCCAGCAUAAAGCGCCUUCCAGAAGGUCAAUAUCAAAAAGCUCAACAAAAAUUGCUCCUGUUGACAAUUCAACAAAAAUCCCAUUGAAAUUCAAAUGCAGCUCCACUGAGAAAUCUUCUGAUAAACCUGCAAUAGAAAUAUUUCAGAGUUCCGACAAGCCAGUCACUUCUGACUCAGAAACUGCCAAGUCUGCUAAGGUCAACAAGAUAAUUAUUCCCAGCAAAGUGAAACCAGAUGAUACACAGGCUGAGUCUCUUAAGCAUGCUAUUGUUAUACGGCCUCCUGCUGAUUCCGGUCGAGGUCUUGCUGAUUCUCACAAGUUUCCAAUUAAAAUACGGUCGUCUACAGAAAUUGAUAGGGAGCAAAGUCACAAAAAGAUCAUUAUAAAACGUACAAAAGAGGUUGUUGAUUUGGAACUGGACAGUCCUGUUGCAAGCGCUGGACUUGAACACAGAAAAACUAAAAGAAUUGUUGAAUUAUCGAAUUUUGAGAAGUACAGUAGGCAGGAGACCGUGUAUUCAACCGAAGGUUUGGUAAAAUGGAAAGGUAAUGAGGAUAGAAGAUGGUGGGAAGAGCAAGAGAAACGGAGAAAUGAAGUGAGGCUCAGAGAAGACAGAGCAAGGAGGCAUCACAAAGAUGAGAUCAGGAUGCUCAAAGAGCAAGAAAGGUUAGAUGAGUUAAAAAGAUAUGAAGAAGAUAUUAGAAGAGAGAGGGAGGAGGAAGAACAGCAAAAAGCUAAGAAGAAAAAGAAGAAGAAAAAACAUGAUUUCCGAGAUGAUUAUUUAGAUGACCCCAGAUCGAGGAGAUAUGACAAGAGGAUGCUCGAAAGAGACCGGAGUGGAAAGAGGAGAUCUGCUGAGUUGGGAAAUAUUGGUGUAGAUAUUAUGCCACCAACAAAGCGCCGACGAGGGGGAGGGGGAGAGGUUGGUUUGGCAAAUAUAUUGGAGGGCAUUGUGGACGUCCUUGUGAAAGAUAGGCAUGAUCUGUCUUAUCUUUUCCAGAAACCGGUGUCGAAGAAAGAGGCUCCUGACUACUUUGACAUUAUAGAGAGGCCAAUGGAUCUUUCCAGAAUCAGGGAGAGGGUACGGAACAUGGAAUACAAGAGCCGAGAAGAUUUCAGACAUGAUAUCUGGCAGAUCACUUACAAUGCUCAUAAAUAUAACAACGGAAGAAAUCCUGGAAUUCCUCCCCUUGCAGACAGGCUUUUAGAAUAUUCUGAUUAUUUGUUGAAUGAGAAUGAUGAUAAUCUCACUGCUGCGGAAGCUGGUAUCGAAAAUAAAGAUUUCUAAGUACUGUCAAAUUCAGAUCAUGAUCUUGUGGUUAGGUAGAGCUGUUAUUAAGCAUAAUGUAGUGUCCGUUCUGGUUUAGAAAGAAAAGAAAAGAAAUGCCUCCUGUAUUAUUUUUUUAGUUAUAUAAAAGAGGUUGUAAAUUGUAUGUAGACGAGGGUGAUUCCUCCCUUUAUUUAAGAAUCCUUUGAUAUGUUUAGAAAGAAGAAAAAAAAGCAGAUGCAGAUUAGUGCACAUAAGAAUCUUUACUAACUAUAGACAUUUUUGCAACUAUUACUGAUGAAGAAACCUUUCAAAA